GAAUAAUACAAAAUAUUUGAUCUCCUUUCUUGACCCACUUUAAUAUGGUAUCAGAGAGUUGAUUCUGGACCGACGAAUCACGCUUGCGCAACGUAAGACAUGGCCGGAGAAUCAACUCACACCGGCGGUGACGGCCAUCGUGAACAGCCGGAACGAUGGAAGAUAAACGAUCCUUCGUCGCUGUAUUAUUUAUCAAGCUCGGAUCAUCCCGAAAUGAUGAUUUGUGCGGUUGCGCUCAAGGGGGAGAGCAACUAUUGGGAAUGGGCUACGGCCAUGAAAAAUGCAUUCCGUGCCAAACGGAAGAUGGGGUUCCUUGACGGAACAUUUGAACGACCCACGAACAUUCCAAGAGACCUUGAGGAUUGGCUGACGGUCAAUUCCAUGGCGGUGGGAUGGAUAAUGACCUCAGUUGACCCGACGUUAAGAUCCAACCUUGCUUACAUGGAAAGCGUGCGUGACCUCUGGACUGAUUUGGAGGCUCGUUUUUCGGUUGGAGACGCUAUGAGGGUUCAUGAAUUGAAGGAACUUUUGCGAAAUUGUAAGCAACACGGACAAUCGGUUACCGACUAUUUCGGUCAGUUGAAAACUCUCUGGGAGGAAUACGAUGGAGUACGGAAUUUUCCUCAGUGCAAAUGCAACGGUUGCACAUGUGACCUCAAGAAAUUAUUCCUUAAGCAUGUGGAAUCGGAGAAGACCCACAACUUCUUGAUGGGACUGGAUCACGAGACCUUUAAAACACUACGCUCCAACAUACUUGGGGCGGAUGAAUUGCCUUCUCUCACCAAGGUAUACCAUAUGGUGGUGCAGGAAGAACGCCAUCAGAAUAUAACAAAGGGACGCAACGAAAAGCCUGAGGCAGUGGCCUUCGCCACUCGGACCACACUCACUUCCUUUCCUACUGCCGGGGGAAAGGAUGAACGGAGCAAGUGUAGCUACUGCCAUAAACCGGGACACGACAUUGAGAACUGUUUUCGAAGAACUGGAAUUUAUCCAGAAUGGUGGCAGGAUAAUCCUGGGCGAGGCCGAGGAGCAAAAGGACGAGGGGGCACCGGUCGAGGAAGCUGUGGUCGAAGCGGGCGUGGUGUCGGACGAGGCAACGUGCAAGCCAUGCAUGUGGGCGAGUGCCGGGAUGAUGGGGCAGACAAACACGAAGUAAAAGGAGGAUCGUUGCACAAACCGGGGUUCACCGACGAACAGUGGCAAACACUCAUGAAGUGGAUGGAAAAUUGCAAGGGUAACUCGUCCGAAGAAAAACUCAUAGGUAUGAAAAUGCGUUACGACUUGCUCCUUGACUCCGGGGCGUCAUAUCAUAUGACCGGAAAUGGUCAUAUUUUAAAGGAGAAGACCAAAAUCACUUCGGUGGCAGUCACGUUGCCAAACGGAGAUGUGACCCAAGCGACUCAUGUGGGAAGCACGAUGCUCAGUACACAAUUAAAGACCUGCCUACGAGGAUGCCGAUUGGAGUGGGUGAACGACGCGGGGGAGUUUAUUAUUUUCGGGGUCUGGAUCAAGCUCAAGCUAACACUGUGGAGAGUACAGACCUGGGAGAUUUAUGGCACUCGAGGUUGGGACACCCGUCCAUGAAAGUUUUACGUUCUCUUAGUUAUUUGAAUAAAAGUUUGUUAAAUUGUGUGCACAAUAAAGUGUGUGAUGCUUGUAUGUGUGGCAAGCAGACACGAGAUAGUUUUGGUGUUAGUGAUGCUCGUGCUAUUGAACCUUUUGAGUUGAUUCAUUGUGACAUUUGGG